GAUUUAAGUGGCUGGCGAUUCUGAAUAUCUGAAACAGUCUGGUGUAUUUUUAAUUGGUCUCAGAAAAAAUGUCUAUCGAGAUCGAGUCGUCUGAUGUCAUCCGUCUCAUCAUGCAGUACCUGAAAGAAAACAGUUUGCACCGUACUUUAGCAACGCUACAAGAAGAGACCACAGUGUCCUUGAACACUGUGGAUAGUAUUGAGAGCUUUGUGGCUGACAUCAAUAGUGGCCAUUGGGAUACUGUACUUCAAGCUAUUCAGUCACUGAAACUGCCAGACAAGACUCUCAUCGACCUCUAUGAACAGGUUGUAUUAGAACUAAUUGAACUUCGUGAGCUGGGAGCUGCUAGAUCCCUCCUGAGGCAAACAGACCCUAUGAUAAUGUUAAAACAGAACCAACCAGAAAGAUACAUUCAUCUUGAGAACUUACUGGCCAGAUCAUAUUUUGACCCACGAGAGGCAUACCCAGAUGGAAGCAGCAAGGAAAAAAGGCGAGCUGCAAUAGCUCAGGCAUUGGCUGGGGAAGUAAGUGUUGUGCCUCCAUCGCGUCUCAUGGCGUUGCUUGGACAGGCAUUAAAAUGGCAGCAGCAUCAGGGUCUUCUGCCCCCUGGUAUGAUCAUUGAUUUGUUCAGAGGUAAAGCUGCUGUAAAAGAUGUAGAAGAAGAGAAGUUUCCUACACAACUUAGCAGGCAUAUUAAGUUUGGACAGAAAUCACAUGUUGAAUGUGCUCGAUUUUCUCCUGAUGGCCAGUACCUUGUUACUGGUUCUGUUGAUGGCUUUAUUGAAGUCUGGAACUUCACCACUGGAAAAAUCAGGAAGGAUCUAAAAUACCAGGCUCAAGACAACUUUAUGAUGAUGGAUGAUGCUGUGUUGUGCAUGUGCUUCAGUAGAGAUACAGAAAUGUUGGCAACAGGAGCUCAGGAUGGCAAGAUAAAGGUGUGGAAAAUUCAGAGUGGACAAUGUUUGAGGAGGUUUGAACGUGCUCAUAGUAAAGGUGUCACAUGUCUUAGUUUUUCCAAAGACUGUAGUCAGAUCCUUAGUGCUUCGUUUGACCAGACUAUCAGGGUUCAUGGCUUAAAGUCUGGAAAAACACUAAAGGAAUUUAGAGGACAUUCUUCAUUUGUGAAUGAAGCAACAUUUACUCAAGAUGGUCACUAUAUUAUCAGCGCUUCAUCCGAUGGCACAGUAAAGAUAUGGAAUAUGAAGACCACUGAGUGCUCGAAUACCUUUAAAUCGCUUGGAAGUACAGCUGGAACAGAUAUUACUGUAAACAGUGUCAUUCUUUUGCCUAAAAAUCCAGAACAUUUUGUUGUGUGUAACCGUUCCAACACGGUGGUUAUUAUGAACAUGCAAGGACAAAUUGUAAGAAGCUUUAGCUCUGGUAAGAGAGAAGGUGGAGACUUUGUAUGUUGCACCUUGUCUCCCAGAGGAGAGUGGAUCUACUGUGUUGGUGAGGAUUUUGUGCUUUACUGCUUCAGCACUGUGACAGGAAAACUGGAGAGAACCUUGACUGUCCACGAAAAAGAUGUAAUUGGAAUUGCUCAUCACCCACAUCAGAAUUUGAUUGGUACUUAUAGUGAAGAUGGACUCCUCAAACUGUGGAAGCCAUAGUGUGCGUCUGGACCUUGUUCUACCCUUCUUUGCUUCAUAGAAACAUUGUCAUUUAAGAUCAGGUAUUGGUUCCUACCAGUACAGGGAAAUACUUAUGUUGACAUAGUAGGUCUGUAAAUAUGUUUUUUUUUUUUAAAUUGUGUUUGAAAACUGUGACCAAGAAUGUACUGUUGUACUUAUUGGUAAUCUUUUAAUACCAAGGAGUAAAUAAAGCUGAAGGAUUCGUCAACACUUAUUUUAAUAUCACUAGAUUCCACAAGGCAAGUAAAACACAUCAAAAUACUUAAAUUUAUAGUUUUACCCAGGCAUUUUGCCUUUCUUUGCUAGUGUUAGGCUGCAUAUUUUUCCCUGUUAUUCAUUGAUAGAUGUCAGUGUCACCAACACAAUCCAACUAAGAGGAGAGCAAAUGACAGUUUUCCAAUAUCUGGAAUUCACAACAAGUAAUUCUAGUAUCCGCUGCAGCUCCUUAUGGUAUUACCAUUUUUAUUUUAACUACAAACUAAAAUGUUGGUUUUCCCUUCUGAUUAUUAUGAAUGGCCAACAAUUUAUGAAAGGGAAAUAGUGUCUAUAUUUAAGUCUAAGUGAUUUUGAACCACAAUAACUUCUGAACAGACCAUCACCUAUAAACAGCAGACUCUCUGUAUCUGUCAACUGGACCAGCUGUAUGGCAUAAAAUUCUGAAUUCAAUUAAAAAAAUGUUAUGUAUAAUAUGCAUAUAUAAUGUUUAGUAUACAUUAAAUAUUACUUUUUUUGUUUUUUUUUCCCCAAUUCUGUUUGCUCAGAUGACUGAAGAUCAUGACCGUUUGAUUAGAAGUCAUAAACAUUUUUAUUUUUUCAUUAUAUUCAGAAUAUAAGAAAAUGUUUCUGUUUAUUUUGUCAUUGCAUUAUGGUCAUUCAUAAUAAAAAAAAAAAAAAA